UGAUGCACAAUGCUUCUUGCUUCUAAUUGAGUUUUUUUUAUUAUUUAUUUUUUAAUUUUUUUAUGUUGAUUAAUUUAUAAUGGUGUUUGUGCUUUCAGCAGCCACACUACCGAGAAAAGUAUACCUUGUUUGUUUUAUUUGAUUUUCUUCUUAUGUUAGCUUUUAAUGAAAUUGCUCACCAAACCCAUUUGGGUUGGCUUAGUGGUGGUGGCUUGAGACCUUGGAGUGUGCUCCUCUCAAGGUCUCAGGUCCGAUUCCCCCGGUGGCAAUUUCAGUGGGCUAGUCCUUAGAGAUAUAAAAAACCUGGCUUUACCCCCGCAAGUGGGCGGUGGGAUUGAUCCCCUCGGAUUAGUCGGUCCUAGGUCUGGAUACAGAGUUUUAAAAAAAAUGAAAUUGCUCAUGAUUUUGAUGAAAUUUCAUAUGUUAGGUUAGGAAUAUUAAGUUGUUUGAUGAUAUGUGAUAUAUUGGGAUAUGGAGAGGGUUGCAGAGCCAAAGGUACUUCCUCGGACCUUGCCUGUUGUGUUUGAGGUAUCUGAUGCACACACAGCUGUAAUAAGAGAAGCUGGCGGUCAGAGACUAACGGGGAAAGAUGUUUCAUGUGUGCGUGCGGUUUCAGCAAGAGAAUUGAAUCAGUUUUCAAAAGCACAGGAUGGUCCUAUGACGCGUCUGGCCUCCAUUAGGGAAGUGGCGCAGUUGUCAAAUGCAAGAAUUGUUUUGGUAACGGAGGAUAUGGGUUUCGAUACACAGUCCUCGCAAGAAUGUGGAAAAGCCUCUUUACCAGAACCUGAUACUGAGACAUUGAAGAGCAGCAGUGAUUCUUUUGGGGAAAUCGAUCCAAGUUCAUUUGCUGGUGCUACUCACCCCUCAGAACCUAUCGAUACUGAUCUCAUGCGAACGGUUUUUGUACCAGUAGCUCAAAACAAAUCUGAGGCUGGAUGCUUAACGAAGAACAUGUCUUUGAAGGGUCCUUUCCUAGAAGAUCUUUCAAUUCGUAAUCUCACUAAGAAACCAAGCCUAGCUGUUGUUUCUCCUUCAGAAAACACGGUUGAAGAAUCAAAUGGGGACACAGGAAACUUAGUCGCACCAUUUUCAGGCGCUUGUGCAUCACAGAAUACUGAAAACUCUCUACCUCCCCUAGAUUCUGAAGAGAAAGAAUGUGUUUGGGAUUCUUCUUUGCCUCCAAGUGAAAAUGUCAGUCCACUUAGUAGUAUUGACAGUAGUAGUGUUGUCAGAACAAUGAGCAUUGCUAAUAGUUGUGCGAGUACAUAUCGCAGCGAUGCGUUCACUAGUGAUGGCAUGAUUAGUAUAGACAGGAAUUGUGAUAGUAUUAAAGGAAGUGUAAGAGGGGAUUCACUUGAGAGUGCAAAAACUAGUGCUAGUCGAGCAAGUGAUAGCAGUGGUCUAAGUGAUGACAGCAACUGGAGUAACAUCACUGGCAGUGCCAAUAAACCACACAAAGGAAAUGAUCCUAGGUGGAAGGCUAUCCUUGCUGUCCGAGCACGGGAUGGAAUUUUGGGCAUGAGUCAUUUUAAGUUACUCAGACGACUUGGUUGUGGUGAUAUCGGAAGUGUGUAUCUCUCUGAGCUGAGUGCAACUCGGUGUUAUUUUGCAAUGAAAGUUAUGGACAAGGCAUCCCUAGCUGCCAGAAAGAAGCUGAUUAGGGCACAGACCGAAAGGGAGAUAUUGCAGUUGCUUGACCAUCCAUUUCUGCCUACGUUGUAUACUCAUUUUGAGACUGACAGGUUUUCAUGUUUGGUAAUGGAAUACUGUCCCGGUGGUGAUCUACACACUUUAAGACAACGGCAACCAGGGAAACAUUUCUCGGAAUAUGCUGCACGCUUUUAUGCUGCAGAGGUCCUGUUGGCAAUUGAAUAUCUUCACAUGCUUGGAGUUGUUUAUCGUGACCUUAAACCGGAAAACGUACUAGUCCGAGAAGAUGGUCACAUAAUGCUCUCGGACUUCGAUCUUUCUCUUAGAUGUGUUGUUUCACCUACCCUUAUCAGAACUCACGACGGAGAUCCUUCAAAACGGGCAGGUGGUGGUGCAUUCUGUGUCCAGCCUGCUUGUAUCGAGCCUACAUCUGUAUGCAUCCAGCCUUCCUGUUUUAUGCCUAAGCUUUUCCCUCAAAAAAACAAAAAAUCACGGAAGCCUAAAGCUGAUCCCGGGCUGACAACUAGCGCACUUCCGGAACUUCUUGCUGAGCCUACAACUGCUCGGUCAAUGUCCUUCGUUGGCACUCACGAGUAUCUUGCCCCUGAAAUUAUCAAAGGAGAAGGUCAUGGAAGUGCAGUUGAUUGGUGGACAUUUGGCAUAUUCUUGCACGAGUUGUUGUAUGGUAAAACCCCUUUCAAAGGAUCAGGAAACCGAGCUACACUGUUUAAUGUAGUAGGGCAGCAGCUAAAGUUUCCCGAAUCUCCGGCUACAAGUUAUGCCAGCCGUGAUCUGAUCCGUGGUUUGCUGGUGAAGGAGCCGCAGAACCGUCUUGGAGUGAAGAGGGGUGCAACUGAGCUGAAACAGCAUCCUUUCUUUGAAGGCGUGAACUGGGCGCUGAUUAGGUGCAGCACGCCGCCGGAAAUUCCAAGACCGAUGGAAAGUGAACAACCGGCAAAGUUUGAAGCAGUUAAUAAUACUGUUGGGGUUGGGAGCAAUAGUAAGAAAAUGGUUGGUAAUAAUGAGGUGAAGUCUGGUGGUGGUAAAUAUCUUGACUUUGAGUUCUUUUAGUUUGGAUUCCUUAGUCUUAUUUGUAUUGUACUUGCAUUAUCAGUUAAUUAAUUAAUUUUACAAAAGAUGAAGGUGCAUUAUCAUGUA